CUUGGUCAUCGCUUUCAUAAUCAUGAAUGGACAGGAGAAGAAUCGACUUAAAAGCAGGAAAAGAAGAGCAAUAUCAUUGGCAAGAAAGUGGAUAUCGGAAGAAUUUUCGAACAAGAAAAUAUGUCUAGAUAUGGACAUGUCCAAUUCAUCAUCUGAAGAGGAAAGUAAUUCAGACAAAAUCGAAAAAAGAACGAUUAGCAGCGAACUUGAUGAAGGGGACGGAGAAGAAAAAGAAGAAUCAGAAGAAGAAAGUGAUGAAGGUGGCGGAGAGGAAAACGAAGAAUCAGAAGAAGAAAGUGAUGAUGAAGAUGUUGUGGAUGAAAUAGAUGAAAUUUUGAAGUUAAAAAAUUGGGCCAUAGAAUGUCAAAUUCAUCAGAAUGAUUUAGAUAAACUUUUAGAAAUUUUGAGAUUCAAGCUUUUGCCUAGUUUACCGAAAUCGUCGAAAACAUUUUUAAGAACAACAGAUGCAGAAUACAAGAUAGAAGAAAUGGAAGACUCAGAAGGAGGAAUUGGUUCAUUCGUUUAUAUGGGCUUGGAAAAUGGGCUUAAAAAUUGCGUUAAUGAAAAAUUGCACAAAGACAAUGUCAUAGAAUUACAAAUUCAUGCCGAUGGCAUGCCGGUGUCGAAAUCUGGAACUGAUAGUUUUUGGGUGUUAUCAGCGAAGGUACACUAUGAGCCAGAUGUAUAUGAACCUUUUGUAAUUGGUAUCUUUCAAGGGCAAAAUAAACCAAAGACGCCUCAAGUAUUUUUGGAUCGGUUCGUUUAUGAGUUUAACAGCUUGUAUAAAAAUGGAUUGCAUAUGUCUGGCAAAACUUUUGAGGUUCGCAUAAAAUGUAUAAUUGGUGACACUCCAGCUAGAGCUUAUUUAAAGAAUACAGUUGGGCAUAAAGCUAAAUUCGCUUGUGAGAGAUGUACUGUUGAAGGAAAGUCAAUUAAAGGUACAACGGUUUUUCCCGAUGCUGAUAAAUGUGAACGAUCUGAUGAAUCUUUUCGUAAAUUCGAGCAACCAGAGCACCAUCAUGGCCCGUCUCCUUUUUUGAGAAUAGUCAUGUUAAUAAAUAUCAUUUCUGUUUUCGUCCUAGAUUUCAUGCAUUUAUGCUGUCAAGGUGUCAUGAAAAAAUUACUUGAAUAUUGGAUGUCUACUAACCGCAAAUAUAGACUGACUCUUGACCAAAGGAAACGGUUGUCAAAAAGACUUGAAGACAUUAAAUCAGAAAUUCCUUGUGAAUUUCAAAGAAAAACAAGAGGACUCAAGGGAUAUUUGAAGUUUAAAGCUACCGAGUUUAGAUUUCUAUUGCUUUAUUCGGGUCCUGUAAUUUUAAAGGGUUUACUGAAGGACGAACUAUAUAAACACUUUCUUUUGUUUCACAGUGCUUGCAGAAUCUUAAGCUCAGCAAGAGUAUGUUUAAAAUAUGCAAACGAUGCAAAGAAAUACUUGCGAACAUUUUUUAUUCAAAUGGUACAAUUAUAUGGCGCGAGAUCAUAGGUUUUGAACGUGCAUCAUCUAUUACAUCUUGCAGAUGACGUUAUAUUUAUGAAAUGCAGUUUGAGUUCCGUGACAGCUUUUGCUUUCGAAAAUCUAUUAGGAAAAUUGCAAAAAUACCUUCGAACCCCAUAUCGACCAUUGGCUCAGUUAUGUCGUCGACUUUUCGAAGAGAAAGCAUUAAAAAGAAAUAAACCGGAUGUACCUGCCUUGAUUGAGAUAAAGAAAACUUUAAGAAAUGGAACCAUAAAAGAAAUUAAAUACAAAGGAAUGACAUUAACCACAUCUGCUCCGAACAAUAUUAUAGUUUCAAAUCAUCAAACAAUUAUUCAAAUUGAAAAAAUUUUGGGAAAUAGCCCUGAAUCAUUGAAAAUACAGGGUAACGUUUGGAAAAAAGACA